AUGGAUCUUUCAUCCAAUAAACUAUCUGGUCAGGUCCCUACGACUUUUCCUUUGGGCAUAAAAGUGCUUGUGUUAAGCCAAAAUGAGUUUUCUCAUGUCUUGCCUCAAAACCUCUCAAAUUUCAACCAGCUUUAUUACCUUGAUCUCCGUGGCAACAACAUUGGAGGUGAAAUCCCAAAUUUUCUCUCACAGAUGUCUUCUCUUCAAAUGUUGAAUUUUAGAAAUAAUUCGUUCGAAGGCUCAAUUUCAAUUAAUUUAUCAAGUCUUAGUGCUCUUCAAAUACUUGAUCUCUCUUGCAAUAAUAACCUUAGCGGAAUAAUCCCACAUACUUUAGGAAAUCUUUCGGGGAUGGUCAAUCAUCAUGACUUCUCAUCAAGUAUCUCUUCAAGCAUCAUAAGUCAAAUUAAUAUCUUUCCUAACACUGGGUUUUUGAUUCAUGCAAUUACGGUAGCAAAUCAAACUGUUUUGUUAUUGCGUAGUUUGGAAGUCUUCUGGAAGAAGUCAAAGCGAAGUCUACCAAAUAAAAACCUUCAACUAUACGCUUUUUUUGACUUGUCUAACAAUCAAUUAUCAGGUGAAAUUCCUGACAGUUUAGGUGGAUUGAAAAAUUUGAAGUCAGUGAACUUAUCACAAAACAAAUUCUUUGGAAGAAUACCUUUGAGUUUUGGUGAUUUGGAAAGCUUAGAAAGCUUGGAUUUAUCACACAACAAUCUCUUUGGUGAAAUUCCUUACACAUUGGCAAAUCUCUUUGAGCUGAGUUACUUAGACUUGAGUAAAAAUAAAUUGGAGGGUUGCAUACCAGGUGGUCCUUAG